AUGAAUAUGAUUCAUAAAAAACAAUACUUUAUUUUAUAUGUUUGCUUUUUUUUAAUUCAUUCAUAUUUAUCAUUAUGUAUAUCAUCAUCAAAACAAUGUGGAUGUUCACAUAUAAAACCUAUUUUUUCUGAAUCAAAAAUUGUUGGUGGUUAUACAGCUCGAAAUCAUUCAUGGCCAUGGAUUGUAAGUCUUCGUCGAUCAAAAACUAAUGAAUUAUCAACAAAUCCAGGUUCUCUUUUUUGUGGUGGAACUUUAAUUAAUAAUAAAUAUGUAUUAACAGCUGCUCAUUGUUUUAAUAAUGUUAGAUUAUCACAACUUUCAAAUUAUUUUGUUGUUAUUGGUGUUCUAUAUAAUAAUGAUACAAAUCCUAUUCGAUUUAAAAUCAAAUCUGUUAUUUUACAUAAUCAAUUUAAUCAAGAAACUUAUGAAAAUGAUAUUGCUCUAUUAGAAUUAACUAAUAAUGUUGAUUUCAAUGAUUCAAAUAUUGG